AUGGAGCAAGGAAGAGUUGAGAAAGCACAUCAUAUUGUGGUGCUAGCAGAUCAGGGACAGGGCCAUAUUAAUCCGAUGCUCCAAUUCUCAAAACGCCUGGCUUCCAAAGGAAUCAAAAUCACUGUAGCCACCACACUCUCCAAUGCGAAGUCCAUGAAAACUACUUUAUCUUACUCCAUGAUCACUUUUGAAUCCAUUUACGAUGAUUGCUCCCAAGGCGGGGUGGUAGGUCCUGGAGGUUUCAAAGGAUUUCUAGACAGAUUCCAGGCCAGUGGCUCAACAAACCUCACCAGAUUCAUCUUGGAUCAUGAACACCCUGUUAAGUGCCUUGUUUAUGAUGCUAACAUUCCCUGGGCUUCCAAAAUUACAACCCAAUUGGGCAUAGCCGGCGCGGCCUUUUUCACUCAAUCAUGUGCUACUGCUGCUACCUACUAUCCUAUGUACUGUGAGGUUUAUGAAAAGACUCCUCUUUCCAUGCCUAGUUUUCCGGUAAUCACAGGAUUGCCAAAGCUCAGGUUUCCGAAUCUGCCAUCUCUUGGUUGUAGCACUGGCCGGUAUCCCCCAAUAAUCAUUCACAUACUUGGCCAGUUUGACAACUUUGGAAAGGCAGACUGGGUCCUCUUUAACUCAUUCGAUAAGUUGGAAGAAGAGCUAGUCUUGAAUAUGUAUGCACGCCAGACUUGGGGACAAGAAGUUAAUAAUACUUCAAGCUGCGCCAAGUAUAACUUUGUUGGGACAGGUGGGGAAGAGGGACAAAGUGAAGACGGGGUUGUCGAAUGGAUGAAGAAAGUUUGGAAUGUAGUAACGAUAGGUCCAACAUUGCCAUCAUUUUAUCUUGACAAACGAGUUGAAAAUGAUAACGAGUAUGGCUUCAAUAUUCAUAAGCCAAAUUCUAGCAAUUGCAUGGAGUGGCUUGACAGUAAGAAAACUGGAUCAGUCGUCUACGUCUCUUUUGGAAGUGCAGCAAAUUUGUGUGCAGAACAAAUAACAGAACUAGCUGAUGCUCUCAGGCAAAGCAACAUUAUGUUCUUAUGGGUGGUGAAACCUGAUGAACAGAGUAAGCUUCCCAUCGAUUUCAGCAAAGAGACAUCAGGUAAGGGAUUGGUUGUGACAUGGUGCUCACAAUUAGAGGUACUAGCACAUCAUGCAAUCGGAUGCUUCAUAUCACACUGUGGAUGGAACUCAACCUUAGAAGCAAUAAGCUUCGGUGUGCCUAUAGUUGCAAUGCCUCAAAUAUUAGACCAAAUAAUCAACGCGCAUUUUCUAGAGAAAGUUUGGAGUGUGGGGUUGAUAGCUAAAGCAAAUGAGGAUGAGAAAGGUGUCACUGCAAGUGAAGAGAUAUACAGGUGCAUCAGGGAAGUUUUAGAAGGAGAGAGAGGACGAGAAAUUAGAAAGAAUAUUACUAGCUUGAAAGAAUUGGCUAAGGAGGCAAUUGACACAAGUGGAAGUUCAGACAAGCAUAUUGAUGAGUUCAUUUCACAGCUUGAUCCUGCCUACUUGAGACACAGAUCAAACUACAACUGA